AGGGCACAUCUCCAAAACCUUAACCGCGACCACUCUUCUACCUUUCCUCCCCUCCCGCCGCCACCGCCGCCGCCGCCCGUACGAGCGAGCAUGCCCAGCGCGUUCCACUCCCUCCGCCCCUCGCUCAUCAAGCGGAAGCACAAGCACAAAUCCACGCGCCGCGGCGGGAAGCGCCCCAAGAAGACCAGCGAGUCGACGAGCCUCGCCGCCGGAGGCGAAGACGCCUCCUUUGACCUGAAGAGCCCCGCCUCCGCGUCCACCGCGCCCGGGCGCGGCGUAGGAGGCAGCCUCGUCCAGCCGCGCGGGAACCUCCUCCUCGCCGCCGCCGGGCGCGCCAACCUCCGGGACGCGGGCCUCGGUGGGCUUCGCCAGCUCCCCGACGACCUCCUCCUCGACGUCCUCGGCCUCCUGCCCGCCCGCGACCUCGCUGCGCUCUCCGCGGCCUCCAAGGCGCUCUACGUCAUCUCCUCCCACGACCCGCUCUGGCGGGCCAUCGUCCUGGACGAGCUCGGCGGCGACUUCGCGUUUGCCGGCUCGUGGCGCGCUACCUACAUCGCCGCCGUGUCUGGCCGCGCCCAUCGCCCCCCGCGCGCCCUUGAGAUCAGUGGAUUCUACUCGGACUACCUCUUCCAGAGCUGGCUAUGUGCCAACAUGGAGAUGCGGGCCGAGUGGCUCGAGCGGGACACCAUUGACCGCCGCCGUGGCUUAUCCGUGGAGAAAUUCAUCGCAGAGCACGAGGAGCCAAACUGGCCGGUGCUGCUUGAGGGGUGCCUUGAUUCCUGGCCGGCGUUGCAAAAAUGGACGAGGGAGUAUCUGCUGGAGGUCUCAGCUGGCAAGGAGUUCGCCGUGGGUCCGGUGAGCAUGCCUCUGGAUAGGUACUUCCAGUACUCCGACAAUGCGGAGGAGGAGAGGCCAUUGUACCUAUUCGACGCGAAAUUCGCCGACAAGGUUCCGGAGAUGGGGAGCGACUACGAGGUGCCGGUGUACUUCCAGGAGGACCUGUUCAAGGUGCUCGGGGAGGAGAGGCCAGAUUACAGGUGGGUUAUCAUCGGUCCGGCUGGAUCAGGGUCAUCGUUCCAUGUAGACCCUAACUCGACAUCGGCGUGGAAUGCUGUGAUCAAGGGGGCCAAGAAGUGGGUGAUGUUCCCGCCGGAGGUGCCGCCACCAGGCGUGCACCCAAGUUCGGAUGGGGCAGAGGUCACUAGCCCUGUGUCUAUCAUGGAGUGGUUCAUGAACUUCUACGGAGCCUGUAGGACCUGGGAGAAGAGGCCAAUUGAGUGUGUAUGCCGGGCCGGGGAGAUUGUAUUUGUGCCUAAUGGAUGGUGGCACUUGGUUAUCAAUCUUGAGGAGUCCAUUGCCAUCACUCAGAACUAUGUGAGCAGGAGGAACCUGUUGAAUGUUCUUGACUUUCUCAAGAGGCCCAAUGCAAGUGAGCUUGUAUCAGGGACCAAGGACAGGGUGAACCUGCACGACAAGUUCCGGAACGCCAUCGACACAGCUUACCCCGGGACGAUUAGUCAGCUUGAAGUUGAAGCUCAGCAGAAGGCUGCUGCUCGGAAGAAGAAAGUCGCAUUCUGGGAUUCUGCUGUCGACGCUAACACUGGAGGAUUCAAGUUCUCCUUUUGAUUUUCUUGCAGCAGCUAGGUCUGUGGACUUAACAUUUGAUCUUAUCCUGCUUACAUGAGCAAUCACAUUUGAUUUGCUUUGAGGACCUGGGUUCAUGGGCCUUCGCAUUGAUCUGCUUGCAGUGAAGCAGAUUAUUUUGAUUGUACAAGGCUAUGAGCAUCCUAGGACUGGGAAGAGCUUAAUCUUAGGCCGUUGCUCCCGAUUGCUAUUGCAAGGUUUGUACCAUGUAUUACAUCAUGAAAUAUUGAUCUUUGAUCUUCAAAUACUUGGGCUGAAAAUUGUUUGCAUUUUGGUAA